CCAGGGCAGCGGCUGAGGAGACCUUACCAAGGAGCACCACGCAGUAGAUGCUGAAACAUCGCCCCCAGGAGAAGAAGCAGUAACAUGGCAGCACCUGUUUGAAAGGAAUUAAAAAGCAGCAGACUCCCUUUAGAAAGGAACAAUGUCCAAGAAAGGGCGAAAUAAGGGCGAGAAGCCCGAAGCGCUCAUCGUCGCCCUUCAAGCUGCCAAUGAAGACCUCAGAACCAAGCUCACCGACAUCCAGAUAGAGCUGCAUCAGGAGAAGUCCAAGGUGUCUAAGCUUGAGAGAGAGAAGACUCAAGAAGCAAAGAGGAUCCGUGAGCUGGAGCAGCGCAAGCACACGGUCCUGGUGACAGAACUCAAAGCCAAGCUCCACGAGGAGAAGAUGAAGGAGCUGCAGGCCGUGCGGGAGAAUCUCAUCAAGCAGCACGAGCAAGAAAUGUCAAGGACAGUGAAGCUGCGGGAUGGGGAGAUCCAGAGGCUCAAGUCGGCCCUGUGUGCUCUCCGGGACGGCAGCAGCGACAAAGUACGGACAGCGCUCACCAUCGAGGCCCGGGAGGAGGCCCGGAAACUGUUUGACGCGGAGCGCCUUAAGCUCCUACAGGAAAUUGCGGACCUGAAAACUGCCAAGAAGCAGGUGGACGAGGCUCUCAGCAAUAUGAUCCAAGCGGAUAAAAUAAAGGCUGGGGACCUAAGGAGCGAGCAUCAGUCCCACCAGGAAGCCAUCUCGAAGAUCAAGUGGGAGUCAGAGCGGGAUAUUCGGAGGCUGAUGGAUGAGAUUAAAGCCAAGGACAGGAUCAUCUUUUCCCUGGAAAAGGAACUGGAGACCCAAACCGGCUAUGUACAGAAACUGCAGCUGCAGAAGGAGGCUUUGGAUGAACAGCUCUUUCUGGUCAAGGAGGCCGAGUGCAACAUGAACAGUCCGAAACGAGAGAUUCCGGGAAGAGCAGGAGACGGCUCUGAGCACUGCGGCAGUCCUGAUUUGAGAAGAAAUCAAAAGAGAAUAGCUGAAUUGAAUGCCACCAUAAGAAAAUUAGAAGACAGGAAUACCUUGCUUGGAGAUGAACGAAAUGAACUGUUAAAACGUGUGCGAGAAACCGAAAAGCAAUGUAAACCUCUUCUGGAAAGGAACAAGUGCCUCGCCAAGAGAAACGAUGAACUGAUGGUGUCUUUGCAGCGCAUGGAAGAGAAGCUAAAAGCUGUGACAAAGGAAAAUUCAGAAAUGAGAGAAAAAAUAACAUCCCAUCCACCCUUGAAAAAAUUAAAAUCACUGAAUGACCUCGAUCAAGCUAAUGAAGAACAAGAGACAGAGUUUUUAAAACUUCAAGUCAUUGAGCAGCAGAACAUCAUUGAUGAGCUCACAAGGGACCGAGAAAAGCUCAUCCGUAGGAGAAAACAUAGAAGAAGUUCCAAGCCAAUUAAGAGGCCUGUUUUGGACCCAUUUAUUGGCUACGAUGAGGACUCCAUGGAUUCAGAGACAUCAUCUAUGGCAUCAUUUAGAACAGACCGAACACCAGCUACUCCUGAUGACGACUUGGAUGAAAGUUUAGCGGCUGAAGAAUCGGAACUACGCUUUCGACAAUUAACAAAAGAAUACCAGGCCCUUCAGAGAGCAUAUGCCCUCCUACAGGAGCAGACUGGAGGCAUCAUCGAUGCUGAAAGAGAAGCCAAGGCUCAGGAACAGCUUCAAGCAGAGGUGCUAAGAUAUAAAGCCAAAAUUGAAGAUCUCGAAGCGACUCUGGCUCAAAAAGGGCAGGAUUCACACUGGGUAGAAGAUAAACAACUUUUCAUUAAGAGAAACCAGGAGCUUUUAGAAAAGAUAGAAAAACAGGAGGCAGAAAACCACCGGUUGCAACAAGAACUACAGGAUGCCCGAGACCAGAAUGAGCUGCUGGAGUUUCGAAACCUAGAGCUAGAAGAAAGAGAGAGACGAUCCCCUCCAUUUAAUCUACAAAUUCACCCAUUCUCAGAUGGUGUGAGUGCUCUACAGAUCUACUGUAUGAAAGAAGGUGUCAAGGAUGUGAACAUCCCUGAUCUCAUAAAGCAGCUUGAUAUCUUGGGUGAUAAUGGGAACUUAAGAAAUGAAGAACAAGUGGCCAUAAUCCAGGCCAGCACUGUGCUGUCCCUGGCAGAAAAGUGGAUCCAGCAAAUCGAAGGAGCGGAGGCUGCCCUGCACCAGAAAAUGAUGGAAUUGGAAAGUGACAUGGAACAAUUCUGCAAAAUAAAAGGCUAUUUGGAGGAAGAACUAGAUUACAGAAAACAAGCUCUCGACCAAGCAUAUAUGAGAAUCCAGGAACUAGAAGCUACUUUGUACAAUGCUCUGCAGCAAGAAACCGUUAUCAAGUUUGGUGAAUUAUUAAGUGAAAAACAGCAAGAAGAGCUGAGAACAGCGGUAGAAAAGUUACGGCGGCAGAUGCUGAGGAAGAGCAGAGAGUAUGACUGUCAGAUUCUUCAGGAGCGAAUGGAGCUCUUACAGCAAGCCCAUCAGAGAAUUCGUGACUUAGAAGAUAAAACAGACAUCCAGAAAAGACAGAUAAAGGACUUAGAAGAAAAGUUUCUGUUUCUAUUCUUGUUCUUCUCUCUUGCCUUUAUUCUAUGGCCUUGAUGUCAAGGUGCCUCUUCAGAGUAACCGAAAACAUGGAUAAGACCCCAGAAAGGCAAAUGCCUCUAAACCUUCAAAGAUGGCAGAAAUGUUUACAACAGUGAGAGGGAGAUCAAAUGCUAAGAACUACCCUGUAGCCAGGACUACAACUGUGUAUUUUAAAGCCAUUAUUCAAGGUUUCUUACUUGACAGUUCCUACAUGACCCUGUUGAAAAUCUACAAUAUAUGCUGCAUUUAAUGAAACAUGUAUAUGUCAAACCAGAAGAGAAGAAGUAUAAACAUAUAUUGUGUAAAGAAAAAAAAUCAGCAAUGGAAACAGUUUCAGCAGAUCAAGGAAAGAUGUGUCUUGGGCAUGGAACCAAAGUUACAAAGAAACAUUCUACCCCUGCUGUGCAGGGGGAUCAUUUUAAUGUAACACUACACCCCAUGGAAACUCUGGUCCCGAAAUAAACAUUUUAAAAAAUCAAAACAAACAAACAAAAAACAAGGGAGGGUGGGGAAUGAAGCACGAGGAAUACCUAUGAGGAGCUAUUUACAAUAAAAUGUUUCAUUUGAAAA